AUGCAACAGCGACGCCUCUUCUCUCGCUUCCUCUACGGAUCCGUAUACAUCCUCUUGUACCUCGUACUCCUCGGCCUGCUGCUCAUUACCCCCGGCGAUGCCAUCGAACGAUCCAUCAGCAACGGCCAAAAUUACAAUGUUCUCAUUGUGACGAUAUCGUAUGUGGUGACGGUCGUUAUUGUCGUCUUUAUCUACGUCUUGCGACUGUAUACUACAAAAACGGCCAUUGCCGCAAUUCCCAAGACGUGGGCACCCAUUGACAAGGGGGACGUCAAGGAUAUCGUGUAUAAAAUGAUUCAUGGGGGCUUGAAUCGCAGCGCGGCGAUUGCGUUUGCGGCGCGACCUAGAGAACAGAUUGAUUCGGAUGACGUGCUUGGCGGAAACGAAAGUGGUGAAGCGGGAGCUCGACCUGUUGGCGGGCUGAAGAAGACCAAGACAGUUGCUGAGGAUUUAGAUUUGCCUCUCCCCCCCGAGCGGCCUGUUUGGGGAGAGAUUGAACACUAUGGUUGGGCUUCGCCGAAUUCGCCUGAUCUGCGGAAUCUGCAGUACAGCAGUGUUUUUUCGGAGCUGCCGAAUCUCAUUGAAGCCAAAGCUCUGACAAUGGCCCCUAUUGAGGAGCAGGGUUUGGGCGCUGAUCCGCCGAUGAUGGAUGCCGAGGCUGCCGGGUUAUUGCAGCGCACGGCGAACAUGACGAUGCGAGAAUACAUACACCACCUUGGGAGUCUUGGCGUGAUAAUCGUGGACGAAACGGCUUCUCAGUUUCUUGCGCAGUACGAAUACGCGCGCUUCUCCAACCGGCCUAUAUCUAACGAACAGUUCCGGUCCCUGAUGCACCUGUUUGCUGAGGUACUAAGGGGCGUGCAACCGUUGGAUCUCGGUUUUCUGAACUCUCCGGAAGAUGCAAGCUACGGAUGGGGCCCCUCGGAAAGUGACAUUGAUAACGACGCGCCACUGGAUACAAACCCCCCUUCUCCGCGAAGCAGUAUAUCUCGUGCUGGGACAACAAGCACGCACAACUCUGUGCGCCGACCGCCCUUGCGAAUCCACUCAGCACAGGCGCGGAGUUUCCGAAGUGCCCCUACUACACCGGGUAGUAGAACGGCUGUACUGUCUCAUAAAUCGAGUGAGCAUAGCUUUGCCCAGACGAGACGGCAGUACCCCGUCAGUCAACCCUCAAGCUCGAGUCUGAGAUCCAAGGCUGCGAGCGCCGUGAGUAGCAGCGAUUCGGGAUCCGUCAUCCGUCUUGCUACCAGGGACGAUGAUGAGCAGCUUCCGUAUGUGCUAAAUCUGAGACCAACGACGGGCAGUUGA